AUGUGUGGAGAACAGAGCCGUGGAUAGACAGACAGACAGAGAGGGUGUGACUCCGCCUAUUGAUCAAAGACCAUCCUCCUCCCUUUUGUCUUUUCUUCAGUUUGUUAACUUCUCUAAAAGCCGCGUGGACUCCAACCUUUUCUGGGUGGAUUUGGGCGCAUCCGGACUGAAACCAGGUCCACUAAAAGACGCACUAAAGACUUUUUGCCUUUUCCUUUCUCAGAAAAGUUUCAUGGAGUCUUUGUGGAAAUCAUUUAUUGUCAACACAGCAGCGAGGUCUGGAGCUAUAUCAUUGCACCAUCGUAACAAAGUUACUACAUGAUGAGCAGCCAGUCGAUGCACACCGUCGUCGACCCAGUGUUUCGAAGCAAGAUGCCAUUAUUGGACGGGACCAUAGCAUCCACAGGACUGUCAAAACCACAAAACAUGUCCGGUCUCCUGGGUAAGCAGAUGCUGCAUUACGGCGGCGCCUACUUCCCUUAUGAUCCCAGAGGAAAGGACGGGGCAGGAUUCACUCCUCCGUGGAGCAACUCAAAGACCUCUCUGCUGGAUGGCAGAAGUCCUGUGAGUCACCUCUCUGGCAUGGAGGGACAAAACCGCAUCAUUUACAGGCAAGACAGCAGUCCCUCAGAGGAAGGCCAUUCUUCCACUCGGCAUCACGCCCCGGUAAAACAGGGCUUUACGUUAUACACUAAAAGUCCUGGGAUCAGCAGUCCUACAGCUCCUGCAUCAGUUAGAAAACAAAAAGCUGGAGGUGAGAAUUCAUCUCCCCCAUCUGAAAACUCUGUUUACUUAGCGAUUCCUAAGCCAGUUUACGUGCAUAACCCCUGCUGUAAUGAGCUGGGUUGUGUGAUAGGACAACGAUACAGCGUGGAACGUGGCUCUCCAGGGAUGCCGAACACUGUAUAUGAGCACGAUUGGAUGCAAUCUGAUGCUCACUACGCUGAAAGAGCGGCCAUCCAGAGGAAAGCACAAGACGCACUAAGAGGUUUACAGUUUGAGCCCAGUGUUGAGCCACUAAAGAGGAUGACUGUGGAGGCAUACAGCCCAGGUAGAGCAAGGACUUUUCCCGCUAUGAUUGACCCAAACUAUAGCAGCUACCCCUGCACCCCGACUCGCACACUGUUUAGCUCUCCAAGUGAACAAAGCCAGCGUUUACAAACUUCCCCCAGAGGCUACCCUAGUUUAUACCCCUCCCAUCCCACAUAUGAGCAUAUGACCUCAGAGGUUUAUCAGGAACAUUCUCCCAUGUCCAAAUAUGGUCAUCUAACACAGCACCCGAUGUUUUACUACUCCCAGGCAAAUGUGGAGGUGGAAAACCGGACUCAGUGUAAGCAGAGGGGAGAUGUGCCUGUUAUUGUCAAACACACAAUCUCAAACCCCCGGGAGCAUUACAUAGUGCCUCAGUCGAUUCAUGGGGAAAUUCCUUUGCCUUUGCCUGGCACUGAAACGCUGCCGAAUCAUGCCUUGAUGCGGGGUUAUGACUAUCCAUGUUACGUAGUUCCCAGAUUUCAUUUAAAUGCAAGUCAAAUCAGAGCCCCCCUAAAAAGGCAACAAAGCUUGCACUCUAAUCGGAUAAAUGUUUCUCCAUCCAGCCAACACAUGGAGCACCCCACGGCCUCUGCAGCCAACCCACAUAAGGACAAACCCAACGGCAGUCUGCAUGUUGACAAAUCACACACUAACUCCCCGUUACUACGUGCGGACCAAACCAGUCCUACCAGACGUGUAAGCCAACCUGGUGUCUCACCAUCCAGCAUACAAAUUAACAGAUUUUUUCCCCCACUCAGCGGACUACACAUAGAACGACCUGUCUUUCCACCCACUGGCUUGAACAUGGAGAGAAUCCUGGACUAUUCCUCCCGUGAAGACCAGGUUACGUGCCCAAAACAGCCAAAAAGCCUUCCCGUUUCCCCAGCGGCAUGGCUGCCCCGGUCACCCCAUCACAGUUCAGGUCGGGUCCACGCAGCUGCACCUAAUAGCGCGAAUAUCCGAAAAAUUAUUUAUUCCCCCACUGUUGCACCCGGAAAUAACCACAAUGGCCCCGUGUCCAGUUCAGGCCAUACUACGGUUCCUAGAGGGUGCCUGAAGAGAAGUAUUUCUCACUCAUCUUCACCCAUCAAAAUAAAAGAAGAGGAUAGGGAUUUAUGUGAAGUGGAAGUCAUUAAGAAACGUCCAAGGGCGGGAAUGGAGAGUGUCGAAGUAGGAAAUAAAACUGACUCGCCUCCUAUGCCAGUAAUUGACAACGUCUUCAGUCUGGCACCUUACCAAGCAUACUUGCAGGUCUCUGGAGUGUUAUUUCCAGGCAAAGUACCUCAGAGAACUGUCCUGUCAUCUGAGCACCGGGAAGUCGAAACCAAACCUGACCUCAAAGUGAAAAGGCCAGAACAAGAUGAACAGCAGUUUGCCGUCUAUCUGGUUUCCAAAAAAAGACGUGCAGAUGCUCCAACAGACAGGCCUGUUGUAGAAAUCUUUGAACCCAAAAAUAUUAAAGUGGAAAAAGUAGAUCCAUCAAACACAGACGACUCUGCAGAGACUCCUGUUAGUCAGAGGGGCCGCAGCAACGUAACAAUCAAAAAAGAGCCUGAAGAGACUGCUUCAUCCAACAGUGAGCCCAUGUUGGUGAUAAAGAAAUGUGAACCCGAUGAGAUCGAAAGCAAACCCUCAUUAGCAGAAACUAAACCCUCAUUAGCAGAAAGAAAACCCUCAUUAGCAGAUGGAAAUGAGACUGCACAGGAGUCCAAACCUGGUGAGGUGACUGCACAGAUGAACUCAUCUUCUCGGGGUGGUACAUGCACCCUGCCCGAACAUUUGGUCACCCUGCUACCCAAAACCAUUACUCCACCUCAACCACCAGAGAUUAAACUAAAUUUCAAAAACAUUCCUCUCGAGUGUCUGAAGCUCUACAAUAUAAGUCUCCGUGAUCCAACGCAUCUUUGCCCUGAGAAGCCGCCUGCACAGCAAAUAACUGAAUCUAUACCAAAACCAGAGGUCGAAAUGCCAGUCCGCAAGCACUUCUUUGAGUUGCACCAGUCCCUCUGCAAGCUAGUGUCCGACUUAGUGUCGGCCUCUCCAGAGCAGGAGCUCAGAACCUGGUUGUCUCAGUUGGAACUGACUGAUCCGGCUUCUCCUUCAACCAAAGUCCCGAAAGUGUCCUGUUUGUUGGGGGUAAAAGCCAGAGAGGCGUGGCUCAAUAAUGAGGAGAUGAAGUCAGAGCUCGAUAAGGUCCUGGAGAGGUUGAGAGAGUACACCGCCCAGGAGCGUUGUCCUUUUCCACACGUCAUGCGGACGAGUGCGGUGUUCCUCCCCAUGCUGGUGGUGAAGGAGCUGCUGUUUCCGACGGUCCAAGGCGGCUUCAUCGACCAGGUCCUGCAGGAGCACCGGGUGGCGCUGCGGCCCACCACGCUCUCCGAAGAAAAGCUCCUCAUCCAGUUCCAUAAGCGAGCCUGCUCGUCCAGGCUCAGGAGACUAAUGUCCCUCAAACACCUGCCCGACAUCUACGCUGACGUGGUCAACCUUCUGUAUCACGCCUGUGUCUGCAAACAUCUGGGAUUAGAUAUGGAGGAUGCUGCUGACAGAGAAAAAGAUGAAGGUUGUGAGGAGGAGACUAUCAGCUGCGGGAGUCCUGUAUUUUCAGACAUCAUUGCCUCACCCUCAGAGUCGCAACCACAGACACAUCCGAAGGACGAGGAAAAACAAUCUGAUAUAAGCAGGAAUAGAACAAAAAGCAGAGUAAAGACCAGUUCGAGGCGUACGUUUCUGGACAACAGUUUGUCAGAAGAGGAAGAGGUGGAUGACACAGAGAAGACGUAUGUAAGUGGAGGCCUGCUUGAUGCAAUUAGUGAGGAAACCUGUAGUGGUCAUCAGUCUGAUGGGACUGAGAAUAGAGGAAGUGACUGUCUGGUUUCAGAGCAGGAUUCUUCACUCGUUCCACAAAGUAUAACUUCUGAGAAUUCAUGGAUGUGUCCUUUAACCUUUGACAAGCUUUCUCCAUCUCCCAGUGACACAGAAACUGAGGAAUACUCCAGUCUGCCGCCCGUUAGAGCCACGACUCCGGAUAAAUCCAAGAAUUGCUCAGGUGUGAUUCUCAAACUGAGGAGGAUGUUUAGCGAAGGUCUAAACAGAAAAAAGGCACGCUACCAAGCGAUCCCAGACUCGGGGACAUUUGCCGACCCUUCCGUCUCACAGACUGAUGAUGGGGAAGGAGGAGCGAGCGGCGAGAAGGACCUCCACAGGAGGACGCCCAAAGUAACCCACAGGUGGCAGAGAACAGGAGGCUUCUCUCACACCUUAAGACCCCUCAGCAGCUCUUCUAAAAGAAAACACAGAUCACUCUUAAAGAUCAAAUACUGCCCCUACUUGUCGGCCUGCCACAGCGCCGAACACAGGAGGCGAUGGGUGCUGCGUUCGGCCGUACAGACGGCUCGGAGGGCCAUGAGGUUCUACCCGGACCUGGUGGGAAAGAGGAUUCGCCAUCUGUAUGAGGAAGAUGACAAAUCAGAAGUGUGGUACAGAGGGGAAGUGUUGCGUAUCCACGAGGCCCACGCCAACCCUCUGAAGACUAUAUUUGAGGUCAGGUAUGACAGCGAGCCAGAGUGGAAGUACUACCUAGAGCUACUUAUAGACUAUAAAAAAGGCUGGCUCAAAAUUGAUGACUAAUUUCCCGACACCGUUCAAUUCCAGUGUCCCUCUACUGUCAACAACAACAUACGUGACCGGCCUUCUUCAGGAAUGAAGUUGGACUGGAUAUUUUUUGUAAUUAGGUCAGCUUAACAUUCUUUGUCACUUGAGAGCUACAGGGUGCAUUUUUAGGAACUGACAGCCGAUGUGCAACAUCCUGUACACGUUUUUUUUUUUUAAAGCACUUAUCUUUUAACACAUCUAUUAAGUUUUUAUGGUUUAUACACAAAUUAGACUGUGGUUAUGUGAAAGAAAUGCUACAGCCUGCAGGUUAUUUUUUUAAACUUUUGUAAGCAAGUUGGGUAUUUACUGUCAUUAUUAUCCACUUUUCUGGUUUGUAAUGUAAUUUUGAGUGAAGUUAGUGACUAGUGGAUAGUUUUUCUAUUUUUUAUUUUGCCAGUAAGAAAAAAGAAACCAGCAGAUGACAUGAAGACAUCAAACCGUGCCAGCCACAUGUGUAUAUAUAGGUUUACAGUAACAGUGCCAGUUGUGUACAUCAUUAUAGCAAAGAGUGAUUUUUUUUUUAUUGGUUGUGGUUGGUGUUUUAUUGUGUGUAAGUGAAGCUGGACAGGCAUUAAUGUAAUUAAACUGCUCAAGCGGUCACCUGAGAUGUCAUAGCAUUUGAAUCACUGUGAACCUUUAAGACUUUCACCUCAAAUCAUAUUAUUUUAAUUUUAUAUUGUAAUUGUCUUGGACUUCUGCAGAUUAAAUUGUUUAAAACAUUAAUCUCACCGUCUUAAAUUAGUGUUUGUAAUGAAUCCAUGUUUUAUAUCAUACUGUUUAAAUGUUUUUUCUCCAUAAAACACUCAUUUGUUUA